CGUUUCUGUUAUAUAAAGGCUCCAAAUAAAGUCUAUAUUUCCGUUAGGACCAGCUCGAAUUUACCAAUCUCCCUGCGGCUUAUUUCCAGUUUAUUUAUGCAGUUGCUUUUUGUGAAUUAAAAUUAUAUACUUUCUGAGGCUAAUUGUAAGAUUAUGCCAGGAGACAGGAAGCCGAUAUGAGCUUCUGAUUGGUUAACUUAAAUCUCGCGAGGGGGUGACGUGACGCUAAAAAUAGCUCGUCAAUGAGUACUGAGUGACGUAACAAUGGGAAUUCCGGUUUUUAAAAGAGUUGUUGUAGAAACUACGCAUCACUAGAAACUGUGAGAAAUGUUCAUAGAUACCUGAAGUCAGAGAGAUGUGAUCAUGUAUCGCCUCACGACAGCCACCAUGCACUUUAACAUGGUCGCACUUCGAGCCACACAGAUACUCUUCUUGCUGACAAUAUGUAAAGCAGCAACUGCCGCCAUGUGGCUAUUUGCAGUUUUGCUGGGGAUCACUCUACCGGUACAUGGCGAAGAACAAUGCUCCUGGGGAAUAUAUGGCGAGAACUGCGACAGGGCCUGCCCCUUCAACUGUUACCCUGACCCACGGAGAAACCUCAGACACUGUCAGAAGUACACAGGGAUAUGUUCUGAGGGAUGUGUUCGUGGUUACCAUGGCGACCAGUGUAACAUAUCCUGCAGCGGAGGCUGUUUAAAUGAAACCUGCAAUAUCGGAGAUGGACAUUGUACGUUAGGUUGUAAAGAGACGUACAUCGGGGAUUUCUGCAAUGAGACUUCAGAUUUACCGGUACAUGAGCAAUGCUCCUGGGGAAUAUAUGGCGAGAACUGCGACAAGACCUGCCCCUCCAACUGUUACCCCGACCAACGGAAAAACCUCAUACACUGUCAGAAGGACACAGGGAAAUGUUCUGAGGGAUGUGUUCGUGGUUACCAUGGCGACCAGUGUAAUAUAUCCUGCAGCGGAGGCUGUUUAAAGGAAACCUGCAAUCCCGGAAACGGACAUUGUACGUUAGGUUGUAAACAGACCUACAAAGGGGGUUUCUGCAAUGAGACAUUAGAAACAGUGGUGACGACACAUACAACGUUACCAACAACAGAGGCGUCUCCCGUAGAGCCAGCGGCAGAUCUCGUUGUGAUUAUCGUUCCUAUCGUCGUCAUCAUCCUCUGUCUGGUCAUAGUGGCUGUGGUGGUCUGCAUGGUACGAAAACGGAGGAGGAGAAGAGAAGCCAACAUUGAGAGCAGGUUUCAAGAAGAAGUUCCCUUGAUGGACCAGAAUAGGGCAGAAACUGCCAAUCCAUUGGGUCCAAAUACAAACAAUACACGAGCCUUGUUUGUUGAGACUGAAAGCUUCGAGAAAGUGAGAGAAAUGUUAGAGAAGUUCCAUCACGUGACAAUCAGUGGAGCUCCUGGAGAAGGUAAAACAUCCAUGGCCCUGAUGCUGGGAGCUGAAUACAGGAAGCAGGGGUAUGAACUGGUACUGGUUGAGGAUCUCGAUAACGUAGAGCUGUCUGACUGGCAGGGUGAUGGCAAAGACGUAUGUCUGAUAUUUGAUGACAUAUUUCAGAAGGCUGGGCUAUAUGUCGACGUGCCCCGUCUUACACACAUCUUCUGUAUGAGCUGCAUCUGCACCUCACACAAUGUAAGAACAGGUCUGAAGGAAGAUAUGAGAGUUACCAUCAGGAGUCUUGGGAGGAAGGAAGGAGAGACAAUCAGUCAAACAUGUUUCUCAUAUUCACCUCAGAAUCCACCAUCCUAGAACGUGCAAUGUCGCAACUAAAAGGCCAGACAUUCAGGUUUUUCAACAGUUGUACAAUAGCAGACUUGACCAGAACAGAAUCGUUGUGCUACACAGACGAGGAGAAGAAUGAAAUGUUGUUGAAAUAUAAAUCCCAUUACAGAUACAAAGCAGAUGUCGAUUCGAUCGAACUUAGUGGAAAUGAUAAACAAACUAUUGGAUUUCCUCUUGUAUGCAAACUCUUGUCAAGUUAUGCUGCUUUUCAACAAAGCCAUGACACCUUCAUGAAGAAUCCUGUAGCUACUGUCAAACUUGAACUUCUUGAGGUUAUCCAUCGGCUUGAUGAUCGGUCAGCUGCUCUAAUCCUGGUGCUCCUGUGUGACGGGCAGCUGAACGUUGGUCAGCUGGAGACAGAAUCCGACCCAGCCCUAGAGACUCACCUCCAGGCAGUUCGGACUCUUGUGCCAACAUCAACCAACCAUAGUGUAGCUAAAGCUGUCAGGAGUCUUUGUGGUUCAUUGUUGACGGAAGGAAACAUAACAACAUUUUCCCAUUCUGUGAUUUAUGAUGUCUGUGUGUCUGUCUUAUACAGCACUGAACCUGAGUUUGUUCGUAGACAUUUCAGCAUCCAGUUUCUCAUGAAACAUGUGCAGGAUCAGCAAAGCGACAUGAUAAUUCCUGUCAAUGAACACCAGCUAAUCAUUCCUUUCUCAGACCCAUACAGUGGAACACUGGUGGACAGGAUGGUUGGCUCUCUUGUCUAUGAUGGAACUUUAAGCACAUACAUUAUGCACCCUAUAUGGAAAAGAGAGGAAAUAGUCAAGAAAUUACAUCAAAUGAUCAAAGAUACAGAUUCCCUGCCAAAUCAUGCCAGGCACAAUAUUUUCUGUUACGCCUGCUUCACUUGGAACAAAUCCAUUAUG